GAAGAGCUUCCACUUAGAAGACAUCAUCUACGCUGCAGUGCUACGAACUGCAAAUGGCUGACGCUGUUACAUAUGCAGAAAUCAAUUUUAUAAAAGACAGCAAGAGGAGGAGGAGGCCGCCAGCUGGAAGUUCUGGGUCAGAAAAUAAAGAAAGAUGGUGGAAAACUACAGUUUUAAUUGCUUUGUGCUUAUGCGUGGCUACAGUGACUGUUGUUAUAGCCGUGAAGCUUCUGGGAAAUCCAAGCAAGUGUUGCCCCGAGUCGUGGGUGCAGUACAGCGGGAGCUGUUAUUACUUUUCAGUGAAUAAAACAACGUGGAAUGCAAGUGAGGUCGACUGCAUUUCUCAGGGGGCUCACCUCGUGGUGGUUAAGGAUGAAGAAGAGCUGAGGUUUCUUUAUCUCCAGUGUAGAAUAUUUGUGUCUUUCUGGCUUGGACUAAAGAGGAAUCCACUGCAGGACUGGGUGUGGAUUGAUGAGCGGCCCUACACUCUUACCAGGAUGAACUCAAGAGAUUUGACUAAGAAUGGUGACUGUGCCUUUCUAGAAAACACCUCUGUACGUAGUUACGACUGCAGCAAAGAAAAGCACUGGAUCUGUAAGAAGGAAACUGAACUUCUGUAGCCACACAUGAAUUAACAAGACAAUUGAAUUUCUUUUGUUGUGAGCAAACUGGUAUUGGACAAGCUUUGUGUUGGAAACAUUUCAAAGAAUAUCCCACUAA